AUGACUCUCAGCAGUCAUCAAAAAUAUAACGAUUUGUUCGCUGAGUCGGACAAUGAUGGAGACAAGAAUUUUUCUCGAAAAAAUAAAGAAAAAUUAACUAAACAAGAUAACAAAUUCGAUGGAGAUUGGUUUACCAGGCAAAAAGACACUAAAAAAUCUUUGCCACUUACAAUCACGAAACGCUCGAUUGAUGAUGGUGAUGAUGAGGAUGGUUUAAAUCGAACGGGUGGAGGAACGGGUUACUCGCCAAGUUUCGGUGGUUUCACGAAUACUUCAGGCACGAAUACGUUACAACGUAUUUUAGAUCAGCCAAGACCAGCAACAGCCAGUGGUUCUAAGAAGUACGAUGAUCCAUUUGGAAGCUUAUUCGAUGAAAAGGAUGGCUCGAAAAAUCUUGGCGAUACAGACAAGAGUCAGAGUAAAAAAACUGUUAGGUUUGAUGACUUCGAUGAUUUGGAUUUGUUAACGCGACCAUCCACCGCUCCAUCACAGUCUUUGAAUCAAGGAAAAAGUGUCUUGUCGAUGCUUAGGACUGGUCUCGAGCCCAAAUCCUUCGAAACAUUUUCGUCGACAAAAAGUGGCAAUAUCAACGAAGACAUGACUGCUUCAUUAAAGCCACACGCAUAUUUAGGUUUGACUGAUAAUAACGUGUAUGAUGAUGAUAAUGACGAUGAUCGCGAACCACAAUAUCAUUCAAAACAAGAGGAGCUUCGGAAUCCUCUUUCUGAACUGAUUUCAUCUGUUCCGUUGGUAAAACAAAAGACAGAAUUAACGUCUUUACCUCCAAAAAAAUCUGUGAUAGAAACAAAUGUUCCCGUAACGAACACGAUGUCACGACUUGAUCAAAUGCUUGAAACACUCGAUAAGAAAGACUUAGAAGAAAAGCCAGUAGCAAGGAGAAUAACAGCAGACGGAGAACAGUGGAAUUGGGGAAAUAAAUUUCAAGAAACUAAAUCGAAUUCAGUUUCAACGAGUCUAGAAAUACAAAAACAGCCAAUAAAAGAGAAGAAUAUCGUUGGUAAUAGAAAAAUCGAUAUGGAGUCUAAUUUAUUUGAAACAAAAGUAUCCGACAUCAAUAAUAAACCGUUUACUAUGGAUACGUCAAAAGAUGAAAUGUUCAAAACAGUUAGGUUUAUGAAAACAACAAUCGAAGGUUAUUCCUAUUUAAGUUUGAAAAAGUUGGAAUUUGAAAAUAAUGAAUUAAAAAUGACAAUUGAUCACAUUAAACGACAACACGAAACAGAAAUGUCCAUGUUAGAAGAAAAUUAUAAAAAUCGAUUAGAAUAUGUUGAAAAAUCAUGUGAAAGACGAGAGAAUAGAUAUAAAGAAGAAAAUGAACAUUUAAUGCGUCAAUUGAAUGAUCGUACACGGCAAUUUGAAACAGAAAAAACAACGCUUACACUUGAGCAUCAAAAACGUUUAGAAGAUUUACAACGUGAUCGAACGAUGGAGCUAGAAAAUUUAAGAACUUUACAAAGACAAGCAAUCGAUCAUUUGCGUAAAGAACACGAACAAACUCUGCAACGUUUGAGACAAUUGAAAGAAGAAGAAAUCUCGACGGCAAUGGACGUUACUUCUCAUACUAGAGCUUUUGAAUCAGUUGUGGGUCACAUGGAACAGAAUGCGAAGCACAUUGACGAAUUACGUCUUAAACUGGAUACAAAACAUACUUCUGUUUUGAGUGAAAAGGAACAACAAUUGAAAGCAUACGACGAUCGUUUACAAAAGCAAGCACAUGAUUUUGAACGUGAACGUAAAAAUCUUCAAGAAUUAAUCAGUAGACUAGAAGUCCAUUUAUCGGAACAAACACGAUUAGUUGAAGAAGAACGUUGGAAAGCUUUACAAGCUCAAAAACGUAUGGAGGCCAUGCAAGACUCAUUGACAGGUGAACAAAGGUUAUUUACAGAAAAACUUCAACGUGAACGUUUAGAAAUUCAACGUGCAAAAGAUCAGCUAUUAGACGAGCAAAAAACGGCACUUACCCAUUUAUAUGAUAGUAAAACGCAGAUUGCUGAAGAUCGUGCUCGUCUAGACGCGAUGCAAAAAGCAUUUAAUGAACAAAAACAUAAAGAUAUGAUUCAAAAUGCAACGAUUGAGGCUGAAAUGCGCAGUAAUCAACGAGCAAUAAGCGAACAAAUUUCUCGUCUAGAUAAACGUGAAAAUGAACUACAACAUCGGGAAGAGAGUUUACAAUUGGAACGUCGUUCAAUACUCGAAUUGAAACAACAAGUAGAUAAUGAUCGAAAAGAAUUGACUCAUUUACGCUCUGAAUUACAACAAAAAACGGUUGAUACAGAACAAUUAAAUCAACAUAUUGAGAAAGAACGAGAACACCUGUCAAAAUUACUUAUUGAAACACAAACUAUUGAUGGAAAAAAUAAUGGAAAAUUACAACAAUUACAAAUGUCAAUUAGAGAUUUGAGACAGAAAGAAGAAAUAAUUAAUGAACAAUAUGCACGACUGACCACCGAGCGAAAUGCUCUUAAUCAACUUCGUUCAAGUGUUCCAUUGAAACGACAAUCACCAAUUAUCGAUUCAGGAUUCUCAACUAUGCAUUUAUCAACGAGAUCAUCUAUUCAGCCGCAGCAGCAGCAACAUCCAUAUUCAAUCGACGAAAGUUCAUUGCUCAGAACACUUCGAUUACACGCAGUUCAGGACCAAAUGUAUAUUGAUGAUGAAUUAUCAUUUAUUGGCAGUUUAAGAGGUGGUUAUCCUCAUUUAAAUCAUAGCCGAAGCUUGUCGAAUCUGAAUAGAAAUCCUGAAUUCUCUCUGUUAAAAACUAAUCGGUGA